CUUCAGACGUCAAAAUAAAAAAAAUUGAGUGAAAACGGAGAAAAGUUCGAGUUUUAACACAUAAAGAUAUCGGUAGCGAAAAAUUUUGUGCAAAAAUCUAAUAUAUUACUCAUCACUCAAUGAUAUAUGUGAUAAACUUGCUAGAAGUCACCUAGCAUUAAAACAACAUAGGAUUAGCUAUUGCGUUAUCGACAGAGAGCAAACUCAGCGAAAUUACGUGCUUCUUUCUUCGUAACACAUUUCUCGUUCCGAAUUUUUAGGGCAAGCGAAAGUGCGACGUCUGUUUCAUCUGAAUCAAACCCGAAGAAUCUCGGGAUUGUGGCGUUGGGUUUGCUGUUGGAGUGUAGAUAGCACCUGUGGGUACUAAUAAUAGUGAGGCGGAAUUAGAAGCUUCAUCACCUCCGAAGUGAUGGCAAAGGAUAACAACAACAUAAACAUUGCGGAUGAGCUGACUAGUGGCAACGGAACAAGUGGUUCUCCUGCCAGUUCAUUGAAGCACAACAGUAGGCUAAGUAACGACCUCCAGCACAUGGAUGCGAAUGGUGUCGGGACGAACGGUGUUCCUGGAGCCAGCACUGAUGCUGGCAGCGAUUUGCAUCACUCGGCGCUAGGUUCUUCUCGACAGAAUGCUAGUAACACUGCUGCUGGGUCGGUUGAUUCCGAUUCUGUUACAGCUGUUCCAGAUUUGCCACGUCGUGAGGAGAACCCAUUUUCAUUCAAACACUUCCUAAAACGAGACUCAUCGCUGGGAACGGGAUCGGCUUCGUGUAGUUCUACAUCCGCCAGUGUAUCCAACAAUGCAAACAUUAACCACAGUCGAAGCACCUCCAACAUCAACGGCAACAAUUGCGGUGGCAGCUCUGGAAGCUGCACCAACACUAGCCAUUUCCUCAACAACAACAACAACAAUAACAACAACAACAGUAGCAAUAGCAGCAACAACAACGUGGUGACGAGCAGCGCUUCGCCAUCAAAAUCGGCCACAACCAGCUCCUUACACAACUCUAGCAUGACCGGAGCGAAACCUAAAAUCCCUCAGUUCCAAUCUGUAAAUACUCUGAGCAGCGAGUCCAAAAUGAAGCGCUCUCCACGCUUUCCGUCCUUUGAUUCGCAAUCCAGUUUGUCGGAUCUAGCCGAUGAUAAAUUUAUGGCAAAUAUUUACCAUAGUCGUAGCAAUAAUUCGUUUAAUUUGGACUAUCCGCCGUCUGGCAGUGGUUCCAUUCCCGGUGGGUCACAGUACGUGCAAAGAUCCUACUCCAACUAUGAUAUGGAGAGUCCGGGAUCAGCAGACUCACCCCGGCUGCUUGGCUCGCAGAAUCUACACAAUUCUCCGAAUCUUGCAAGGAGAAGUCGAGAAAACCUAUCGUCUGCUCAUCGUAUGGGUAAUUCAGAAUACCCAGCAGCUCUACCGGAUUUUGUCCAGGAUCAUUUGGUUUUGGAACAAUGGUACACCACCAUUACAUCUCCUAAAAGCGUUUCUCCCGUAUCGGUGGAGUUCGAUCAACUGCCUGAUUUUGCAGUUAAUAAUCUUGAACCGGAAUCUGGUGGUCGAGGUCAUGGACCCAUCAUCAACGAUAUUCCAUUUGAUUUGACCUACAAUUCCGCCUCGAUGGCAGGAUCGUCGAGUGGUGGGUUAGGUUCGGCUAAUCGUAACCGCACUCCACUUCGCAACACCUCACCAAAUGUUCCUCUGGAUUUGCCGCCACAGAACUUUGAAUUCUCAUUCGAUCUUCCUCGGAGACGAACCACUCCUCCCCAAGCAGUCCCAGAGCUUCCACCAGAUCUCACUGAAAACAACGCAACGGCGGCAGCUCGAUCGGGUUUCUUUUUCUCCGACGUUGAUCGUCAUCACUCGCCACCGCCGACCGGAUCGGCAGCGGAUAAAAUUCAUCGUUUACCAGACUUCCUAUCCGAUGGACCAAUUCACUCGUCAGGCCGACUGGCGGACGUUACCCAUGACACACCUCAUUUCAACUCACCGGAUGCUGAUACCAACUUGCUGCACCAGCAGAGGCUCCAGAUCGAACGACAAGAGAACGAACGGUUGCGACGCGAACUCGAUGACAACAGGCGGGUGAUAGCCGAACAGACGCGUCACCUCAAGGAGCUGCAAAAAUCACUGGACAUGGCAAAAAGCAGCACCACGCAUGCUGUUCACCACACUGUUGAGGGAAUCGAGGAGAACCUAGAUAAGAGCUAUCUCAGAGCAGCCACUGCCGAAUCUCAGGUCUUAAAACUGAGACAGAAAAUUAAAAGGAUGCAUGUGGAAAUCGAAACACUCAGGCAGGAAAACGAAGCACUUAAAGAGGAGGGUGCUGUUGGUGGGGCUAGUGUAAGCGAGGGGGCAUGUGGCGGGCCAUCCGUGGGAGCGUCUAGCAGCCGUCCUUUCGGGGCGAGGCAUAACCACCAUCGCUCGAUGUCACGUGCUCAGGAGCUUUCCCGAGAGUUGCGGCAGGCAGCUGCCACAGCGGAAAACAACUUACGGCAACUUCUAACCGGUGUGGAUAAUUUACGAUUGAUGGCCAGCACGAUAGAGAACAUCGAACCUAUCGAUGUGGCUAAUCCGGACGAUUUCCUGUCAGAUAGCGACAAUGAUUUGUUAGGCCCGGCGCUAUAAGCUAUGGCAGAAAAGUUUAGGAUUGGGUGCAAAAUCUAAAACUAAAUUUGCUCCCACUGUGUUUUGUUUGAGAAUUUGGGAAAUCAUCGUCAAGCGUGUGUACUUUUGUUCCGUUUUACCAUUACGUGUAUAAAAAAAACAGCACAAUUGCCUAACGAAAUUAUAAUGUUUUAUCCUGUGA